AUGAGACUUCUAUCAAGACGCCCAGUUACAUUGCCAACUGGCUUGGUACCAUCAGUUAAUACCUAUGAUCAAAUCAAUUUGCAGGUGAGAGAACCAACUUUGGAGGAUAGUAGAGCAGCCCUUUUGUUGGAAAAUUUAUCAGCAUCAUCAUCAGAAGAAGAAUCGGGAGCAAAAUUAUGCUCCAUUGAGGAGUUAUCAGAGGAGGAAACUAACAGAUUAUUGAAUAGAUUACCAGCAAUUAAGAGUGAUGACACUGAUCAAAAAGAUUUCUUCAUGAGAGAAAAAUCUUUAAAGGCACCAGUGACAGCUGACUCUAUUCAAGUUGAAUUUCCACCUCAAGUUAAAUUGGAGAAACCACAAGAAUUGAAGGAAGAAGAAGCCCAGCUUUCAGGUUCUGAUUUGACCAUUUUGAGAUAUUCACCAGAAGGAGAAUUAGAUAGAUCUGUUCCAUCCAUUACAAUUACCUUCUCUCAACCAAUGGUUGCUGUAUCCAGCAUUGAUAGUGUUGAAAGUGAGACAGUUCCUGUUAUUGUUUCACCACUCCCAAAAAAGGGAGGUAAAUUCAAGUGGUUGGGUUCCAAAACAUUAGUCUAUGAAGCCAACUAUAGAUUUGACAUGUCUACAAAGUAUACAGUUACUGUCAAGAAAGGAACUAGCUCACAAAAUGGGGGCACAUUGAAAUCAGAUUUUUCUUUUACAUUCGAAACACCAAGACUUUAUGUUAAAGAGUAUUUGCCAAAUAGCCACUCAAUGCCAGUUAAUGAAUUCCCUGUAUUUUAUGCCGAGUUUGAUCAAGAGAUUGACCCAAGUGCUGUAUUACCAUUUAUUUCCACUCCAGGUCGUAAGGCUAGUUUGAUUUUCGAUGGAAAAUCCUCAAAUUCACUCCUUCAAGAUCAAGUUAAGAAAAUGAUGGAAGAUUAUAAUUUGAAAAAGAAACAUUCAUCCAUGUAUAACUCUUAUCUUUCCAAACUUUCUUCAGCUCCUGAAUCUAGACAUUUGUGGUUUACUUUUGAUUUCCAAAAUAAUCCAGUUUCUAUUGGAGCUUCUUUUGAUAUUACAAUUAAUAAGGGAGUUGUUGGUACAGAAGGCCCUCUUCCAUCAUUGAAAGAUUCAGUAAUUCAUGUAUACACUUAUCCUGAAUUUAGAAAAGAUCGUUCAUCUGGUGGUUCAACUCCAAUGGAGCCUUUCACUAUUAUCUUCUCCAAUUCUAUUGAUGUUGAUAAGCUUUUAGAGUCUAUGGUUACUGUUUCACCAUUAUUGGAAAACAUGGAAUUGAAUCCAAGUGGAACUUAUUUGACAAUCAGAGGCAAAUCAAAGGGUAGAACAACCUAUAAGUUUUUCCUUAAGGGUAUUGUAGAUGUUUGGGGACAAACUCUUCCUGAUACAGUUGUUGAAUUUCAAGUUGGAAGUGCUCGUCAAAGUUUACAAGCUUUUGGUACUGGUGUAAUGGUACUCGAUCCAACCUUGAACACCAAACCAACCUAUUCUUUUGUUACUGUAAAUAUGGACUCUGUACAAUUUAAAGUUUGUCAAGUAGAACCUCAAAUCUAUUCUGGUGAAACUCUUAACUAUAGUGCCUAUAACAAUAGUUACAAAUUCCCAGGAAAAAUGGUUUUAGACACUACCUUGACAAUCAGUGGAGAGAAAGAUGAACCAUGUGAAACACAGGUAGACCUCUCACAAUAUCUUCAAUUCCCUAAUGAAAAUCUGGGUCACUUGAUGGUUUUUGUUGAGCCAACUAAAACUAGUUGGAAAGGAAAUUGGGACUAUCGUCCAACAUACUGUGCAUGGAUACAAUCUACAAAGAUCGCCCUUGAUUGUUCAUAUGAUUCUCAUUCAUCUCAUUUAUAUUUCUGGAUUAACUCAUUGAGCGAUGGUAGUAUUAUUAAGAAAGAUGUGGAAUUCAUCAAGGUAAAUGCACAUGUUACUCCUGACGCUGAGACUGGUAUUGGAAAAUAUAAGGUUCAUGCAGGUACUUCCAAAUUGAUUGCCAAGCAUGGUAAUGAUUCUUGUUUCAUUCCAGAUGUUGGACUAUACACUUCAAAAUUUAGUACAGAUACCGUUGCUCAUAUUUACAACGAUAGAGGAUUGUACAAGCCUAAUGAAACUGUUUCCAUCAAGGGUAUCGUCAGAAAGUUCAAAUUGCAAGACUCUGGACCUAUUGUCGUUCUUCCUUCUGAACAAACAACACACUAUACAGUCCAUGAUGCCAGAGGUCAAAAAUAUUGUGAGGGAGAUAUUGAAAUUUCAAAACUUGGAACCUUUGAUUUUACUUUUAAGGUUCCUGAUAAUGCUAACUUGGGAGAUCAUAUCAUUACAUUCACUGCUUUCUCAACCUCACAUUCCUUCAAGGUACAAGAAUUCAGAACUCCAGAAUUCAAAUCAUCAUCUUCCGUUCCUGCUGGUAAUUAUAUUGUGAAUGGAAAUUCUGCUGUAUGCACUACCAAGGCUGAAUACUACUCUGGUGGAGGUAUUUGUGGUGGAAAAUGCAAUUAUACCAUCAAGCAAACGUCUGCAUCAUAUACUCCUCCUAACCAACACGCCUAUACUUUUGGAGAAGGUAAUGAUCCAUACAUGGGAUUUUAUAGAAUGAGAAGAUUCGGUAGUAGUACUGGCUCUGUUUUAGGAAGUACCACAUUUGAAGGUACCACAGACGGUAACGGAGAACAUCAAAUUGCUAUUUCUUUUACAGAGUCUGCAAGACCUAACAAGGUACCAGUAACUAUCUCAAUAGAAUCUACUGUUCAAGAUAUUAACAGACAAACAAUCUCUUCGAGUACUUCAUUCCUUGUCCAUCCUUGCAAGUAUUAUUGUGGUAUCAAAUUUAGCAAACAAUUUGUUAAACCUAAUAUUCCUGUAACUGCAUCCCUUGUUACAUCUGAUGUCGAUGGUAAUUUAGUCUCUGGUAUUCAAAUGAAAUUGACAGCUACCACAUCUGUUAGUGUAAAGAAGGGAUUCAGGUUUGUAGAUGAAACCGUGCAAGUUUUUGAACAAAUUUUGACCUCAUCUAAAGACGGACCAGUUGAAGUACCUGUUAAAUUUGAAAAAGGUGGCAGUUAUUCAUUCAAAGUCGAAAUUGUUGAUCCUGAAACUGGGCUUACAAAUUCAUCAAGAACUAACUUGUAUAUUACAGGUGGUUCCACAAGAGAUGAAAAGGUUGGCAAGAGAAUUUCUAAGGACACCCUUCUCAUCAUUAAAGACAAGACUGAAUAUCAAGUUGGUGAUAAGGCUAAACUUCUUAUUCAAUCUAACCUUGAUGGAAAAUGUGAAGGUGUUGCACUUGUAUCACUUGACGAUGUGAUCAAACAUAUUCCAAUAACUAUUGAUCCAGAAGACGGUUGUACUGAAAUUGAGAUUGACAUUACCAAAAAUUGCAUUCCUAAUAUUUAUGUUAGUGUUGAAGUUGCAGGAAGUCAAUCAAGAGUUGAUGCAGUGGGUACCGUUCUUACUAAUUUGCCAAAACAGCCUGCAUAUGCUUCUGGUCAAUGUGAAAUUUCUGUUUCCAACAUCACUAGAACCUUAACUGUUGAGACCAAACCUGAGAAGGAAUAUUUAACUCCAGGAGCAGAAAGUUUCAUUGAUGUACUUGUUAAGGAUCCAAUCACUGGUGAACCAAUUCAAAAUUCUGAAGUCUGCAUUGUGGCAGUUGAUGAAGCUGUUCUCUCCUUGACAGGAUAUUCUAUUUCUAAUCCUCUUAAUACAUUUACUCGUAGAAAUUAUCCAGUUCUUAAUCCAUACUCAUUGAGAAGCUACCUUUUUGUAAAGAGUUAUGAUUCAGUUGUAUUCGAAGGAGAUCAACCAGAACUGCUUUGUUGUGCUAGUGCUUCUUGUUCUGGCUGUUGUGACAGGGAAUGUUGUAAGUGCUGUCGUAAAUGCUGUGCUAGAGGUGGUAAAUGUAAAGAUGCAUCUUCCCAGGGCGAGGAAGACCAACCAGAAGAUUCAGCAAUUUCUGUCAGAUCUAACUUUAAUCCUCUUGCAGUUUUCAGUCCAAAGAGCGUAACUGAUGUCCAUGGUAAAGCAACUGUUUCAUUCAAACUUCCUGACAAUUUGACCAAGUAUAGAAUUACAGCUGUUGCAAUCAAAGGAGAUUCAUGUUUUGGAAUUCAUGAAUCAUCUAUGGUGGCUCAACUUCCAUUGGCAAUCAGACCAUCCCUUCCAAGAUUCCUUAACUUUGGUGACAGAGCUGAAUUUACAUGUGUUUUACAAAGUCAAGUCCCAAUUGAUGUUGUUGUCAAUGCUGCUAUUAACUUCACAAACUUGGCUCUUUUGGAUUCUUCAAAGAAGGGUUUGAGGGUCAAAGUACCUGCUAUGGGAAGAGCCGAAUUGAGAUUCCCAAUGUCAACAGAUCGUGUUGGUAUUGCCAGAUUCCAAGUUGGUGUUUCCAUUGCUACACCUGGCAUUAAUUUUGCCGAUGCUGUAGAAAAGGAGAUUAGAGUUUUCACACCAGCUACUACUGAGGCAUUUGCAACUUAUGGUGAAAUGGAUGGAGAUUCUUCAGUUUUCCAACCUGUAAAGGCUCCUCAAAAUGUUUUCCCACAAUUUGGUGGUCUCAAGAUUACAACUUCUUCUACUGCCUUGUCAUCACUCACUGACACUUUCCUCUAUUUGUAUAACUAUCCAUUUGAAUGUUGUGAACAAAUUUCUAGUAGAAUAUUGUCAAUUGUUGCCCUCAAGGAUAUUUUGUAUGCCUUCCAAGUUCCAGAGAUACCAACCAAAGAUGCUAUUGACACUAAAAUCAAUGGAUAUUUCUCUACAUUGGCUUCAAGACAAUUCCCUAAUGGUGGUUUUGGCUAUUGGUCCUACUCUAGCUAUUAUGAGGUGUCUCCUUACGUUACUUGCCAUGUUGGUCACGCCAUGGCUCGUUGUAAAAUUGCUGGUUACACAUUGAAUGCACCAAUGAUGUCCAAACUCAUUCCAGUCCUCAAAACUAUUGAAAGAUACUGUACUGAUUAUUCUCCAGAAUCUUUGAGAUCCAUCAAAGCUUAUGCUUACUAUGUUUUGGCCUUGUUGGGUGAAUCUGAUGCCAAGUCAUUAGCUGAAACUCUCUAUAAGGAAAAGAAACUCCAAGGAAAUAUGGAAUAUCUUGCAUGGAUAGCUACUGCUAUUUAUCUUGCAAGUGGUAAGAAAGAAACAAGCACAGUUUCAGAAAUUAUGACACACUUGGAUAAGAAUGCUAAUGAAACUGCUCAAACAGCAAACUUUAUCACCAGUUAUGGAGAUGUAAUGGCCACCAAGCAUAUCAUGUUGCACAGUGAUAGAAGAACCGACGGUAUUUGUUUGGAAGCAUUCAUCAAUAUCUCUCCAAAAUCACACCUCAUUCCAAAAAUUGUUAAGGGAUUGUUGGCUCACAAGAAGAAGGGAAGAUGGGGUAAUACUCAGGAAAACGUUUUCAUUCUCCUUGCUCUCAAUACCUACUUUAAUGUCUUUGAAGGAGUUACCCCAGAUUUUGUUGUUAACGCAUGGCUUGGAGAAGAUUAUUGUGGAGAACAAACAUUNCAAGGGAAGGAAGAUUAUACUAUAGAAUUGAAUUUACUUGUUGACGCUUUGGAUUACGGUUUCGAAGUUCAAAGAAGUUAUGAGCACGUCACUAAUCCUUCUCAUGUUACAUUUGAUAAGGAAAAGAAUAGUUGGAGAUUUAAGGCAGGAGAAUUGGUUCGUAUCAAGUUGAGAAUGACAAAUACUAGUCGUAGAUAUCAUGUUGCUCUAGUUGACUUUUUACCAGCUGGUCUCGAACCAAUCAAUCCAGAAUUGAAAGGAACCCCAGCUAUUGCUAGUGUUAGUGGAACUGGAUCCAAUAAUAAUAGAGGAACAAGACGUUGGUGGUGUUGGUGGAAUCCAAUCUGGUACGAGCAUCAUAAUAUUAGAGAUGAAAGAGUGGAAGCAUUCAGUUCAUUAUUAUGGGAAGGUACUCAUGAGUUUACCUACCUUGCCAGAGCUACAUCUAUUGGCUCAUUUGUUAUUCCAGGUGUAAAAGCUGAGGAAAUGUAUAGCCCUGAAAUAUUUGGUAGAAGUGCAACUGAAUUUGCAGAAGUUUAUGAAUAAAUAGUUUAUAACAAACUUCAUCCA